UCUUGUUGAGGAAUAUCCAAAUAUUUUUCUCAAAGAACCAUUACAGUUUCAUAACAUAAUUCAGAAAUAUCACAGAUUGGGAAGGUGUCCUUUAAUUUUUAUAGUUACUGAUAAUUCUAGAGGACAAUCAUUAGAACAACUUCUCUUUUCAAAGAAUAUUAUUGAAUUAUUGAAAAUAUCAGUUAUUAGUUUUAAUCCUAUUGCACCAUCAUUAGUUGCAAAAGCUUUACGAAGAAUUAUACAAGAAGCAGGUGUAAACUGUAAAAAUGAUGCAGAAACAAAACUACUAACAGAAAAACUUGCAGAAAGUUGUGCAGGUGAUAUUAGAAAUGCGAUUAAUACUUUACAAUUUAACUAUGAUUCACGAAUCCAACAUUUAAAAACUAAUAAUAAACAAAAAGACAGAACUAAUGAAAACAAAAUGAACUCUGCACUUUGUGGACGUGAUUCAUCUUUAUUUUUGUUUCACUCAUUAGGAAAAGUUCUCUAUUGCAAACGUGAUGUUUUGAAAAUGACAGAAUUAUUUGCAAUAAAUAAGCAUUUAGAAAGGCCACCAUUACAAGAAAAUCCUGAAGAUAUAUUUGAAAAAACAACCAUAUCAAGUUCUGCAUUUGGUCUAUUUUUACAUCAGAAUUAUUUAGAUUUUAUGGGAAAAAUUGAAACUGUUGUAAAUUGUUGUUCGUAUUUUAGCGAUAGUGACAUUAUUAGUUCCGAAUGGAAUGAACAAAGUACUUUAGAUAAAUAUACUGCUUCCCUCACAUCCAGAGCACUUAUGUUUUAUUUAUACUCAGAGGCUGUUUCUAGUCAUAAGUGGAGACCAUUUCAUAAACCUCAAUGGUAUUCUUCAUUUAAAACACAUAAAGAAUAUUCUAAUGAAUUAAAGUAUAUAUUUAAAAAUUGGAGAACAAACACAAGGGUGCUACAAACUGAUAUUUUACCUUAUGUAGUAAAGAUUCCAUAUUUUGAAUAUUCUAAAGGUCAGAAAGAGUUUGUAAGGAAAGCGAUUAAAUUUAAUUAUCCUAAAUAUAAUACGAGACCAAAAAUGGAUAAUCUGACAGAAAAGGAUAUAUUUGAAGACAACAUAACAGAAGACAAUGAUUAUAAUUGUGCUGUAACUUUAUCAGAAAAUAUAAAUGAUGAUGCAGAAGAGAAUAUAAUCAUUGAAGAUGAUUACAGUUAACAAUAAAAAAAUAUUUGUAAAUAUGUACAGGUGAAUUUAUUAUAAAAAGAAUUUACAAUAA